UCCCAGACGCCGGAGGGGUGAGUCUCACGCUGACAUGGAGGAAACGAUCGCGGAAACACGCAUCUGAGGAUCGGACAGGAGGUGGAGAUGGAUCAGGAGAACAAGAUCGACAUCCAGAAUCAGAACGCUUCCAAUUCCACAGAGGAGAUCAACAAGUUCUACUUUUACGCGACGGAACAGUUGGCCGUCCUUUGGACCCUGUUCAUCCUGAUCGUGUUCGGCAACGCGACCGUCAUCCUGGCCCUAUCCUUCUCGAAGAAUCGAAAAUCCAGGAUGAACUACUUUAUAAUGCAGCUCGCGGCGGCAGAUCUCGCUGUCGGUCUCAUCAGCGUUUCGACGGACAUCGUGUGGCGGAUUACGAUCACCUGGCAUGCCGGCAACGUGGCCUGCAAGCUCAUUAGAUACUUGCAGGCUUUGGUAACUUACGCGUCGACUUACGUCCUCGUCGCUCUAAGCAUCGACCGGUACGACGCUAUUAAGCACCCAAUGAAGUUCUCGAGAAGCUGGAGGAGGGCGAGAGUGCUCGUGGGAAUCGCGUGGGCCCUCAGCGCUUUGUUCUCCUUGCCGAGUUUAAUUAUGUACAGAGAGGAGCUUAUUCAGGACCAGCUCCAGUGCUGGAUCGAGAUGAAACAGUGGGAGUGGAGGGUAUACAUGACAGUCGUCAGCCUCGCUCUCUUCGUCAUACCCGCCGUCAUCAUAACAGCCUGCUACACGGUCAUCGUCUCGACCAUCUGGAGCAAAGGCAGCAACGUCAUCGUACUCACGAAGAGGACCCAGAAAGGUAUGUUGCAAAGGGUGCGUCUCGAACACGAGCACGAGUGCAGGCGAGCGAGCUCAAGAGGUCUUAUUCCAAGGGCAAAGGUCAAGACUAUCAAGAUGACAUUCGUCAUAGUUUUCGUUUUCAUAAUAUGCUGGUCUCCUUACAUCAUCUUCGACCUCCUUCAGGUCUACGACUACGUACCCAAGACGCAGACGAACCUUGCCAUCGCCACGUUCGUCCAGAGCCUGGCGCCGCUCAAUUCCGCCGCCAACCCGCUCAUCUACUGCCUAUUCUCAACGAGGAUAUCAAGGGGCCUCAGGAAGUUUGCCCCUUUUUCCUGGCUCUUCAGGUGUUGUUGCCCCUCAUCAGGGAACGACAACUGCCUCGGCUACGCUGGCGACAUGAGCUCGACCCUCACUUCGUCGAUAACCCUUCAGUCAAAGAGGGGCUCGACCAACCUGAGCCACUCACGAUCUUCGACGCGAAAGCCCGUCUCAUUAGUCACCCUUUUAUGAUCAACACGAGGCUAUCUGUAAAUACUAUAGGCGCUUUUGGCGGUAUAAAAAAAAAUAAAUAUUUUUUAAAGAACAACUCAUAUAUAUAUAUAUAUAUAAAACUUUAUCAACGGAUAACCAAUGUAAAACGUACUAUUUUUUAACGGAUAACAUGUAACAAACCUUACCACCAACAGUUGUAUAACCUGUCAAGGACAUUGUUGAAUGGUUAACCUUUAAUAACCUACCCUUAGAGUUUGAUAACCUAUUAAUACAAAGUACAUUAUCGAACCAAUCAAAAGCCUUCCUUUUUUGAAUAUAA